AUGUUCAUCCCUUACAAUCCGCGCUCCUCCACACAAGCCAAGCACAACCGCCGGAAGAUAAACACAUACGUGGCCGCAGUAGCGGCCGCAAAUUCCAGCGUUAAGCGGUGCUCACGGUCCCACAAGACGGCUACGACUGGCCCUGCAAUCGAAAAGAUAGAGAACUUCACUCAAGCCCUCCAUUGGUUCCCUAAUUUUAGUGACCCCACGGGGGAACCUCCCCCUGCACGUCAGGCAGACGAACAGGGAUCAGCAUGCGGGAAGUCCGAGGACCCUGGCGCCGGCCAGCCUCCGGCGCGUGCUUUUGCUGCAGGGAGGUUCUACCCCAUCGAGGGUUCAGGCCCUAACUCUCGCGGACCGCUGGCACUGCAGGCUCUUGCCCACUUGUACGAUGUCCUCCUCCCGUACGAUGCGAAAGUGGUGGGCCUGGGGAAGUCAGAAACAGACAGCUAUGCGAGGGAUCUCCUCGCAUGGACCUUCGACCACGAGGAGGUUUUUCAUAGCCAGGCAGCCUUCAGCCUGUGUAUCAUGUACCGAAUCGACGGCAGUAGGGGAGUUCACCAGGCCAUCCUGUGGCAUCGGCAGCAUUUACUAAGGGCCGUGCGCCAACGACUAUCUGCUCAGCGAGUGGACGACGUGCUGCUGCACAGUCUCUGCACGAUGAUCUCCGUCGAUGAGUGGCUGGGCUUCCACGAGUCUCGCGCCGUCCACCUAAAAGGACUACAAAAUAUCAUGCGCGUUCGUGAAUCCAGCAACAAUGCGUUGCAGCUCACACUUCCAGGGCCCAGUGUCGCUCCCGGUAUGUUGCCAAAGCAUUCUCCCUUGGGCAAGGUGGUCCUCGUCAACAGGAUCAUGGUAGAGUUUCAUCUGAAAAUGAACCUCGGCUUCUCGCAGGAAGUGGCUCCACUGUCAACAUCAUCGUCCAGUAGACCCCCUCUGCAGCUUCUGAGCCCAGGCCCCGCCACAGAUCUCGCUGGCGUGGAGGACCUCCUACCGCCCGGCUUCCAAGAUCUCGCUCGAUCGGGCAGAUUGACUCCCGCCCUGGUCGACCUCCUUUCGGACUUCUCGUUCUGGUUCUACAGCGGGAUGGGCACAGACGCCACCACCCGCGAGACCUGGCGCUGUCUAACCUUCACCCCCAGCAACAGCCUGGAAAAGUGCAUUGACAUCGCUCUGGUCUCGCUCGCCGACGAUCUCAGCGCGCUGGGCUCCCAUCCGUGCGCUGUCAUCUUCCGACAGGCCGAGCAGCGCGCGCGCCUCCUCCGUUCGCUCUCAUCUUUAUUCGAUGAGCACUGGUUUCGGGAACUUGGGAUCUGGAUUAUUACGAUCAUUGCAACACCAGCAAGAACGUCGCGUCUGCCCUGGCUGGUCAAGAUGGAGGUGUUGGGGAUGGUGAUGUUGGUCCCGCCGUCCUCACAGAGUGGUGGCUCCUACUAUCGAUCUGUUGACCAAAUUGAGGGGGUCCUCCGACGGUUCUUCUUCGACGAGAGUCGUGCGGACGAUUGGCGAAGGGCUUGGAAGGAGUAUCUUGAGCUUGGAGUGGGGGAUCCUAAUGCACUAAUAGAAUAG